GAUGGAGCCGAGAAAUAAAACCACUCAGCCGAAGACGCACUAAACAGAAAUACACAGAGAAAUAAAGAAACUAAAGAAAACACGCUCGGGAUAUAAAGAGAGACGGCGUGGGGUUAAAAAAGCACGCGGAAUUUCAGAGGAGCCUCAGCAAGCUGUGAUUUUUCACAUUAGCCAUACGUGGAAGACAGAGGAGUGGAGAGCGUGCCCCGGCUUUAGUUCCCCCCACCCCCCCCUUCCUCUCUCUCUGCACCCUCCUGCCUCCUCUGGAUGAAGCCAUGCCCAUCGUGUCUGCAAACACAGGGCUGCAUGAGACUCUGGCCCUGCUCACCUCUCAGCUCCACCCUGACGCCAACCACAAAGAGGACCUGGUCUUCCUCAGAAAUGUCUUCAGUGAGAAGAGUCUCAGUUACCUCAUGAAGAUUCAUGACAAACUGAAGCAGUAUGAGAAACAGAGCCCGACUCCAGUUCUCCACAGCGCCACCUGUCUGGCCGAGGAUCUGGCAGAAGAGCUUCAGAACGGUCCACUCGAGGGCGAUGAGAAAGAGUUGCUCCUCCUGCUGAGCACUCCUCACCUCAAGGCGGUGCUGUCAGCCCACGACACCGUGGCAAAGAACUUCGACCCGGUGCUGCCGCCACUGCCGGAGGACGUGGACGACGACCUGGAGGAAGAGUCGGUCAAGAUCGUGCGUCUGGUGAAGAACAAAGAGCCGCUGGGAGCGACCAUCCGCAGAGACGAGGUGACAGGAGCUGUGAUCGUGGCCAGGAUCAUGAGGGGGGGGGCAGCCGACCGCAGUGGGCUGGUGCACAUAGGGGAUGAGCUGCGAGAGGUCAAUGGGAACCUGAUAACCAACAAAAAGCCAGAGGAAAUUAGUCAGAUUCUGUCCCAGUCACAAGGCUCCAUCACACUGAAAAUCAUCCCAGCUGUUGCAGAAGAAGACACGCUGAAGGAAAGCAGGGUCUACCUUCGGGCUUUGUUUGACUACACGCCCUACGAGGACAAGGCCACGCCGUGCCAGGAGGCGGGACUUCCUUUCAAGAGGGGGGACGUCCUCCAGGUUGUGAGCCAGGAGGACGCCACCUGGUGGCAGGCCAAGAGGAUGGGCGACUGUAACCUGCGCGCUGCUCUCAUCCCCUCCAAACAGUUUCAGGAGAGGCGCCUGAGGUACAGGAGGACAAUAGGCUCUUUUCCAGCCCCUAUGUCCCCCAAAGCUCCUGCAUAUGAUCAGACUGAGCGAGAAGACUGUGACAGUGAGGGCACUCUGAAUGGAAAGGACGCAGUUUCUCCCAAGAGUAAGGCAGCGCCUGCCUUCUGUGGCCAUGCUCUCUCAUGGGAUUUUUACUCAGCUAGCCUGCGCAGAAGUUUCCGCCUCAGGAAAGAUCGCCAAGCUUCACCAGGAGAACCUCAAACUCCAGACACCAAUCACAAAGAGUUCCUGAUCUAUGAAGAAGUAACACAGUAUCUGCCUCGCCCCGGGGAGAGGCCUCGCCUCAUUGUGCUGAUCGGUUCCUUGGGAGCUCGGAUAACGGAACUCAAACAGAAAGUGAUCGCUGGAAAUCCUCGACGAUUUGGUUUGGCUGUGCCUCACACCACUCGAGCCAGGAAGUCUCAGGAGAAAGAAGGAGUGGAAUACCACUUCAUCACCAAAGCAGCGUUCGAGGCCGACAUUCAGAGUGGCAAAUUCAUUGAAUACGGGGACUAUAAAGAUAAUCUGUACGGCACCAGUUUGGAGUCCAUUAACAGAAAUCUGGAUCAAAACAAGGUCUGUCUGGUGGAUGUGCAACCAGAGGCACUGAAGACUCUUCGUACUGCUGAGUUCAAACCCUAUGUCAUCUAUGUAACUCCUCGCAUCUAUCACAGCAUCAGGAAAACACUUGGCUCCUGUUCCUCACUCAGCUCAGGGAUCACGGAGUGCGACCUACAGGACAUGAAACACUCAGCGGAGAGGAUGGACGAGAGCUACGGGGCUUGGGUGGACUACGUCCUGGUGAAGGAGGACCCGGUCGGUGCCUUAGCGGAGCUGCAGGUGGUCCUGGAGAGGGUGCAGGUGGAGCGGCAGUGGGUGCCUGUGUCCUGGGUGAGGGGCUAGCCUUCUCAAGCUGACUGUUUCCAGUUGAAUCAGCUCAGCGUUCGGAGGACAGGUUAUACUGCGGGACGCCUCCUGAGGUCCUCAGAUCUGGGUUGCGGUCGAAUAGUCCAUUUAGCUUAGCAACCUUCCUAACCGAGUGAAAUGACCCGGAAGUACAUCAGUGGCAUCCAUGAUAAGUGCUGUUCCAAUUCUCUAACCUCCUUUAGCUUAGGAACCACUGGACCUCCCUUUACGAAAGGAGAGGAGAAAAUGCUGCCCCACAAUGCCUUGCGGCCGCAGCAUUUACCGGCCGUUCACGGAAACAAACUAUAUGACCGAGAAAUGAUAUGAACGUUACGGUGCUUAUUAAAACGUAUUUGGUAACUUGCCACAAGUGCUUUGUUUUGAACGUUGAUCAGUAUUAUAAUCAAAGAGAGAAAUAUGAAUGCUAGUUUUUACUAAAACUGAUCAAAUAAAGUCAACAUUUCAGUCUUUACUGAGCUGUAGGGUUUGUUCAACUUUAAAAAGAUGUUUGAAUGGUG